UUUACACAAAUGUAUUUUUAAUAAACCGCGUAACAUAAACACUCCUGCUAACGGCACCAAUAUAUAGUGUGAAAAAUUUUAAAAUGGUGUACGUUGUGUAUAUAGUUUUAUUAUUUGUUUUAGUGGCAAACGCUACGAAUAUAGCUCCAUACAAGCCUUAUGUAUCCGUCUAUUAUGAAAGCAAAUGUCCAGACAGCAGAGCGUUUAUACUUCAUCAACUUCAGCCAGCAAUAAAACUCCUUCAUAAGCGAAUCACUCUCAAUUUAAUUCCAUUCGGAAAAGCGCGCAGUAUUAAUAAUGGUUAUGACGGAUUCGAAUGCCAACACGGUCCUGCAGAAUGCCUCGGCAAUGUAGUGCAGGAGUGCGCUUUGGACGUCAUAAAGGAACGCACUGAUCUCGAGAAAACUGCGUACGUCGCUUGUGAGAUGAAAUCUCUAGCCGGCGCUCAGGGCAGUCUUGAGUGCGUAGAGAAAGCGAACAUUCCUUCCAAUUCGGUGAUCGAGUGCCUAUCGUCUGAUAAGGGCACAUCGCUGCAGCUUCACUCCGAGUACCUCACCAAGAUAGUCAGUCCACAAUUUGUGCCUACAGUCACCAUUGAUGGGAUGUUCAAUCAACAAAUACAGGAUUCAUCUCAAGAGGACCUCAUCGAUACGUUAUGCUCAAUAUUACAAGAAACGAAAGAAUGCGCGCAGUACCACAACUUGAUGGCAAUGAAAUAUAUACUCUAAUCAUAAAUACAUUAAAUUAAAUUUCUAUUAAGCGUUUUUUAUUUAUAUC